AUGGCUUCUUGUACAUCAGUACGGCGAAGGCCACUCGCCAACGCGAAUAUACGUAUUGAUGUGCUGUCCGUGGUGUUUGAGACCUCAUCGCGCGUUGCAACUGAUUCACCAUGUGACUCUCUUUCGCCGUUGAAUCCGGACUUUAGCGAUAACGAUCGAAACGACAAGAAGCCAUAUCGCAAGCAAGAUACAUCCAAACCAGAUGCAGGUUCGCAUGCAGUACACGUACAAACAAAGCAGGAACCUCACUUCACCUCCCCCCCUGCACAAGAGUCAAAUAUCAAUGCAGAAGCCACGCCCUCACAGUCAACAACACAAGCAUGCUCGCCACGUUCCCCAAGCCUGUGCCUAUCGCGAGACAACCGGCCCGCCGGCCUGAGACUGAAGAACUCCAACGGCCUUACUACCAUCACCUCCACUAACUUACGACAACGGAUCUUCGACGGUCAGAACGACGUCUGCGACUCACGAUCACAAGAAGCACGUCCCAAGCACAAGUCGUCAGGACGAAGACCAAAGACUCCGGCUCCGCCACCUCCUCAGAUGGGGAACAAGCCCAGUAGCCUCAAUGGCUCUCCGACGCCCGCAGCCGACGAUGCGUCUCUCAGUAGUGUCGUUCAUAAUCCGGCGCGAGUGUGGCGCAAGAGCUCGACCAAUCUCUUCAAGCGGUUCGAUUCGAAAUCUCCUUUACCACGGCCAUUGACUGCGACAUCCAUCAUUGUGACAGCUUCUGGUGGCGCCGAAAGUCCAGAGAGUCCAGUCGAUCCCUUCAUCGACCCAGCACACGCCGCUCGCGACUCGAUAAUUAUGCUGCCAUCAGCAUCAGAGACUACCAUGACAGAUGAGCUCGCGAGCCGACCACUAAGCGCGUCAACUACCGUCAAGGAGGCACGCGGUUGCAAGAGCUAUACCGACUUUGGUGUCAUGACUGUUAGUGAAGCUGAGAAGCGUCCAGCAUCUGUACUUCUGAACCCGAGGUCAACAUUAUCGCCUACUUUGCCGACGCCUUCACCGCUGCCGGAGGAUAGUCCGCAUAAAUAUGGGCUGAAGGAUCAUAUGGACACGCCGGAGAAGAUGCUCGAGCCGCCGGAGGACCUUAAUGUGCAGAAGGCGAGACGGCGAAGUAGUGGACUCGAGAUCUUCAACGUGAAUCGACAUGACUUACUACCUACUUACGUUCACAUAACUGACUGA